CUUCGAGGCCGUCCAGUUUCGCAUUGAGGUGGGUUUGGCUCUCUCGCUGUUUGGCAUUUGAUUGAACGAUUUCGAGCCGCUCGCCGCACGUCAGCGCGAAAACCGGAGCCGUGCAACAAGUUGUUGCGCUCGUGUUUCCAGUUUGUGUUGCAUUCAGCCGCCCGCUUUCCUCAGAAGCGAAAGGCGUCGCCGCUUCAUUUGGUGAUAACUGGCCAUGGCAUGAUCGGAGGACGAUAACAGCCGUUUUAUCGACGACCCGCGCCGCUCGUUGUGCCGGCGAUUGCCCUGUCGCCGGAGAGGCAGUGAGCGUUUGCGUGCAUUUUGCACACGCCGGUCGCACCGCAGCUGCUUGGACGUUGGCCUUGUAGCGACACGAGAGAGCCACAGUGCUAAGGGCGUUAGGAAACGCGACCUCUUCAGAAAACGGCGCCGCGCACGCGACUGCCGUCGCUACAAGAUGCCGGCAUCAAAGGUCCAGAAGCACCCGCUUCACUGUCCGAGCCUGGACGACGUCGCCAAAGUUUUGAACGAUGGACUUAAGGGCACAUUCGAGCAUGUUGAAGUGUCUGUGGUCGACUGCCCGGACCUGAAAGAAAAGCCCUUCAUGCUUGCUUCUGAAGGUAUAUGCGGCAAGCCCUGCCUAGCAGACGUCGGUGGGGUUCCUUACUUAGUUCCUAUUGUGCAAAAAGACAAGAUCUACAGUUUAGAACAAGUCGUGAAGCAGACAAACAUUUCUGACGCUCUUGUCAUUGGCGCUGGUGCUGGUCCAUUCAAUGUGGUAGGCGUCAACAGUGAGAUGAUGCAUAACAUGAAGUACGGUGAUAAGCCUUUCAACAAUAGUCACUUUGCAAAGAUUACUGAGGAUGGUUCCUAUGAACUGGGCCGAUUCACAACUACCUGCUGCGAAUUUGGCCUAAUGGCUAAUCUGCUGAUCUCGGAAGGCAAGCCAGGAAAGGUAAUCCGUGUGAGUGCCAAAAAGCGCACAGGUGCUGACAACUUUGUGACUGCCAUGAGGAAAGCACUUGCUGCUCACUACGGCACCGAGCCAGUGGGACUCGGCGGUGCUUUCAUGCUUGCAAAAGGAAAAGCAAAGCUCCACAUCAUGCCAAAGUUUUCCACAGCGCCGCUGCUAACGAAUGAAGCCAUGAACUGCUGGCUCAAAUUCUUUGAGAUGGAGGCCCCCCUGGUAUGCCUCAGUGUGUUUGUCUCCCAUGACCCGGGCUGGGAUCUUCGAAUAGAGCACACUCACUGCUUUAGCGACCACAAGCAAGGUGGACACUACCAUUACGACACUACUCCUGAAGAUGUUGAAUACUUGGGCUACUUUAACGUUGCAGAGUGUAUGUUUCGAAUCGAUGCACCUGCGUCAACACACCAGAUAGGCCGGGAUUAACGUGCUUCUCGUUGGACGUGCCUUCUUUUCAUAAGUGCUUUAUUGAAAACUAUUAUGGGAGAAAAUUUGAAAAAAGAUAUGCAUAGCUGCUUUCUCUAGUAUGUCAUGUCUUUGUCACAUGGACAGUUUCGAUCCUUAUUGCAGUCACUUGGCACUGCUCUUGUUGAGUUUAACUAAAGUGUGUGUACUGGUGUAACAGAUGGGAAGUCGAGCACACUUGAAAAUGAUGCAUAGCAAAGUUCCACUGGUGUAGAGUUCAGAUUCAGAUUUAAUUGAUGCGAUAAGCUUAUACAUAUUUGGAUGGGUGUCAUAUACAGAAGGAGGACCCAUAGUCUGAGACUGUGCGGGCAUCCUCCCGCACAGUUUGAAGUUUGAUCCAUAUAUAUUGACUCGAGCUUGAUCUACACUCUCCAUGUGACAAGAACCUAUAGUCAUUGCACUAAUUUGCUUUCAGGUAAUGUUCACAAGUGUUUAUUGAGACAUGACAUAAAGUUAGAAAAUUUACUGUAGCCACUGACAAGUCAAGAAUGAAGGUGAGGCCUAUACCACAAGGUGUGUCUCUGCGCCCUCCAUGCUUCCGGAAAAUGCAGUUCUCUUGCAGAUCAUGCAGGCGUGAAGAAUAGGUUGCUCGGCAACAGUUGACAUUUCACAAUCGUGUGCCAAUUGCACAAUGAUCUAGCAUUGGCAGAUAGAGGGACAAAGAAGACAGCACACUGCACUAACUGUAUGCAGAUAACAUGGAGGACAUUGAAAACUAUUGUAAGAGACUCUGAGAGUGAUUAUCCUGUACUCCGGUACAAAAAAAAAUCCUCCUUGCCAAUCUCCUCAAGAGUGCGAACAUCUGCAUGCUUUGGCUAAAUGAAAUGCAUCAAGGAAGCUGCAGUGGCCCAAGCUUAAUCUGUUUACAGAUGCGAGUACUUCUUACACCUAAAGCAAGCAAACCUCCUCGCCUCGCACCAGGGUUGAUCUUGGCAGCCACAGCCCAAAGGUGCUGAAAUCCGAAAAUGCUCGAGUAUCAAGCUGUGGAUACAGUGUUAAAGAAGCCCUGAAACACCUUUACUUAAGAAGUGAGCAACAUGCUGGAGUGUGAGCAUAUUAUUAUUGCAAGGAGCAUAUUUGCGAUUUUUUUUUUUUACUGAAACGUAAUAUGAGUGGAGAGAUAGAGUGCAGUGCUUUCUUGGAGGUUCCCUGCUUCAUGCAGCAAAAUACCGUACUAUUUACUUGCAUAAUGAACGCUCUCGCAUAAUGAACAUAGCCCCCACUUUUCCACUCAAUAAGCGUGAUUUUUCUUUUCCCUGCAUAGUGAUCGCACCCUGAACUUGCUGCCGUGAAGUAGGAGACACACGGUACGAUUUGGCGGGUGCGAUUGUGUCCGACGCCUUGUCAGAUGCCAAAUCAUACCGUGUCUCCUACUUUUAUUGCAAUAGCGAUUAUAUGGACGCUCCAGGUGCAUUUUUGCCACCGCCGAGUGCCGCACGGUGUAGGUGUGAAUGAAACCGCACGAGGAAAGCUGACAAUCACAGCUCAAUCUCACGCACAGUCUUUCGUCGCGCUAAAGGCCCCGGGGAGGUGGGAGGGGAACGGACGGCGGUGUUGUACUCUGACAGCAACUGCGUGUGGCACAACCUCGCCCAAGUGGCGCCGACGAUCGCGGCUAAAUCUCCCGUGUUACAGCGGAGGAAAGCGGGAAGGAAACACGCCUCUUUCGUUGUGAGCAUGGCAGCGGGAGGAGCGAGGGGAGGGUGACUGCACCGUUUUACUCUGGCAGCCAGCAACUGCACAUUGUGCGACCGCGGCGCGCCCUAUCUUCAAAUUGAUCUGUGUCAGGGGCCAAGUUGAUGGCAGCUCAUACUUUUGGGCGUGCUGCGUUUUCGCCGCUCAGUUUGCGUUGAAGCGAAUGUUUCCAAGUUUAUGUGGCCGAUAAAACUGCUAUCCUUACUUCGUGUAGCUGUCUACACAUUCGCUAUCGCAAUCGAUGGUUCGAAUUUUGGGCGAUACCGACUUUGGGCGAAACCGACGAGGUAGCCGCGAAAAAGAAAAUCCCUCAAAAUUUUACUAUGCAAAAUAAACGCACCCCCCAACUUUGAGCUUCUUUAUUUUUUUGGGAAAAAAAGUGCGUUCACUAAAUGAGUUAGUACGGUAAUAUUGGAUCACGUUUUUGCAGCACCAUUGCCUACAGAUUGCAAUUGUUUUGCAACGGAGCUGUUAAAGGCAGUUUCGUAAUGUUUUUCAUGCAGCGGCGGCAUGUGGCAGCACGCUCGGUAUGAAAUGUAGACAAAACAAGUAGCAAUGCAAUCUACGUUGAAGCCUUGAAGCAGCUGUAUGACCACGGCUCUAUGAUGCUUUUGGAUGUUAAAGCCCCUAAAUAACAAUGGUAAUCCCCCACAAGAAUUACAAGGUUUAUGUUAUGGCAGUGCCUUGGUAAGGAAAAGGUAGGGCCAGGGAUGUCAACGAAGGUGGACCAUAGUAGAGAAUUCGGCAAAGUAAUGUGCUGGUGCAUUUGCGCGUGUUCUUUGUGAAGGGCACUUGCCGCUGCAUUCUUGACUUGUCAAUUGCUGUCGCAAAGUGAUGCUUGUUGACAGGCGCAGUUUCAUAGUUCAAAUGACAUUAUGCAAGUACAGCACACCGUUGAAUAAUGCAAUGCUUCUAGGUGAGUGCUGGAUCAUGUGACGUGCCUUUCCUGUUAUGUCACGUUUGACAUCUCAAGGACUGUUGAUAAUGUUUGGCCUCGCUUUACAUUGUGUUGCUCACAGCAGGGACAUCUUGAGAACUGAAUAAUACCUACUUUUUGCCACUGACGUGAAAAAAUUUUUCUGUGAACCAGCUUACUUAUAACUGUGCUUAUAGAAUUGCAUAGUGCUACAAUAAUCUACAAAAAUGGGGACAUUUAAGAUAUGACAGCCACUGUGCCAUGCGAAUGACUAAAUGUGUGAUUUGCCAUGGAUAUUUUAUGUCAGUGGUGACAAGAACACUUGAACAGAAAUACAUCAGAGUAUGUUAUAUCAUGUCUGUCCUCUUUCAGAGUUUGCUGAAAUAAUAAAGGUCUUCCUAUAUUUUGUGACACUUUAUGCUAAGUUAUGUGGUAAUGACAGUAUUGCUGGUCUGACGUAAGUACUGUUAUGCCACUUUUGUAGGGGAGAAAAGAGCAGGAAAAUUAAAAUUUCGCAGCAAGCUUUAUUUUUAAAUUAUUUCACGGUGGUUGAUAUACAAAUAUGCAAAGUCCUGUUGCAUUUAUAAAAGUUAUUGGCACCUCAUCAAUUUAGUAUGAGCAAACUUCAUUCAAUGCUUUCACAACAGAUGCAAGUAAACACAACUGCAAAACCAGCCAAAUCCUGCAAGGAGCUUCAUGUCUCUGACACUUGAUGAAUGUAAGGUCCAUGUAAUCCUUACAGAAGGUGGAAAUAGGGUCCAAAGUUUAAUGUUCUUAGUCCGCACUAAAUGUUGUGCACAUAAUUUUGUAGCUAAUUAGGACCUUUGCUUGUGCCUAUGCUGAAGAGCAUGAAGUGACCCUGAAGCAUUCUUCUUUGCAUUUUCAUUGCAUCACCAGAGGUGUAAUUCGUCAAGUCUUGUUCACUUUCUCAUUUCUAAAACAGACACAAUAAGAAAGCACUCUGUGGUCACUUAUUAUUGGCCGAUAUAACAGGCAAUACAUGUGCUCCAUCUGUUUUAUCUAGUGCACUUACAGUGACUGGAACAGGUGAAGAGUAACUACAGCACCAUGAAUAAUUACUUAGGUUCCAGUUACAGGGCAGAAAAAGAAACAACAGCUCUGACUUGCAACUAAGUUUAUUAAUACGAUUGGAAGAUACCUUAUGACAGUUUUUUGACCGUGCUGCUUCUACAGUUUUGUAGCUCUCGGCUUGUUUUCCCCACUUUUGCCAUUCACUGUUUCUUGACACAGCUUUGUAAAGGCUCAUAAUUUUUGCAGUCAAAAUGUCCAUAUGGUAUUGGAUUAUGUGCAUGUGCAUAGUGAUUCCAGAUGCUCUAUAAUCUGUUUCUUUCACGGUCCUACCUUUGUUGUAAUUAUCGCCAAGUAUGAAUCCCAAACAAUUUGCCCAACUAUUCAUCAUUUUACCAUCAAUAACUGCUUUAGGGCACCUUUAAAACGUUCGAGCUUGUGAUAAAAUGCCUUGUGGAAUUCAUCUAGUACAAUAAACACUCGCCAGUAUUGCAGGGUCAUCUACAACACAAGAAGUGAUCUGCUGCACAAAAAUUUUUCUACAAGUAAUAAAUGCAUUGUUUAGUUUGCAGUGUGUUUGUAUCGCAUUACUGAUACAAUUUCUUGUUGCUUGCCCUUUCUCUAAGGUUUUCUGCUUAGUCGAUGUCGUUUCUUUUUGUGCAUGUAUAGUGCUUGUAAUAGAACUAUACUGUGAUUGAUGCUUUGCUUUUAUUUCUAAAUAAGAUUAAACUAAAUGAGUGAUGUAAUUGUGGCAGCCUGAUUGACCAGCUUUAUUUGGUGUUUGCUGAAAUAAAUUAUUGCUUCUACUGAUUGUUA